AUGGCGAAAACGGCGAAAACGACUGCAAUCCGCACCGGCGAAGCUUCUCCUCCUCUCCUCUUCCGACAUGUUUCACCAGGGCCAGGAGGUUCCACCUUGGAAUUUAGGCUUCUUCAUUUCUGGGAAGCUCGCAAGAAUGUCAAAGGAGGACCAGGGAUCCUUCUUGGGAUCGAGAUGCUUAUGAUCGAUGCGGAGGGUAAUUUGGCUCAGGGGUUCAUCGGUCAGAACCGUCGCAACCAGUAUGAGAAAGAGCUCCAGCGUGGGAGAAUCUACACACUGACAAACUUCUAUGCAUCCAACAGCAAGGUGAUGUACCAUGUUGCUGAUCAGAGGCUGGUAAUCUGCAUCUCACACGCCUCUGCCAUGUCGAAGGAUGAAGAAGACAUUGAAGGCAUUUUGACAGAGCGCUUCAGAGUCCAUUCCUUUUUAGACUUUGAAGCAAACUGCGAUCUCAGAGGGGAUCUUCACGAUAUUGUUGGCCACCUUAAGCUGGUUGAUGGCCAGGCUCUCCAUCAGCGUCCGGUUUUGUGCACCAAGGAUGACUCAGCUUCUCGGAAAGUGAUGGUCCAUUUGCAGCUUAAAGACGGUCCAGUGAUUAACGUCUAUCUAUGGGACGAGGCCGCAGUAAGUUUCCGCCUGAAGUUUGAUGCAAGUGAAGCCACUCCAACGGUUCUUUUGGUCACAACGGUCAAUCCUAAAAGCCUCGGUGGGAAAUUGUGUCUAAUUUCAAUGUCCUCUUCAAGAGUGUUUUUGGACGAAGAUGUUGACCCCACCAGGGAAUACCUGACCUGGUUGACUACGAACCCUUCUGCAACUUCUUUGGUCAACCCUGUUGAGGUGGUCAAAGCUGAGACUCUCACAAUAAGUGAGAUUGCUGCCUUCCUCAAGCGUCAGCCUGCUAAGGUUGCCUACUUUGACUGCAUUGCCACAAUUGAUGAUGUCAAGCUUGGCACUGAAUAUCGGGUGGAGCUUUCUGUCUAUGAUAAUGAGGAGCAGUGCACGUUCAUCAUUCUCGGAGAUACUGGGAAAGAGCUCACUGGCAGAAAAGAAAAUGGUGGAGAUGCGGCUGAGCUUGAAGUUCCACUGCCACAAUGUUUUAUUGAUACAAUAGGCCAGACAAAGAAAUUCAGGAUCAAGGUCGCCCACUACAAUUUCACUUCAACCCGACUGUUCUUGACCGCUACCAAGAUAGUCUCACCAGCAGUUUUACCACCAAAGAAUCCGCCACUCAACACGCCACCUACUCUUCUUGCCGCACAAAACCAUCGUCCAGGAGCUGAAGUGGAAAUCUCAGAUGUAGCUGAGAGCAGUGGUGGUGGUACUUUAGCCACUGACGACCAGAAGAAAGCUAAGCGUACCAAGCGUAGUGGCUAG